GCGCAAAUCGCACACGAGUCAUGGAAAAAUCGCACUGUACCGACUGCAGUCCCGGAAGAAUGCUCAACAUGCACGAUGGAGGAAAGUCAACGUGGAUAAGAGCCUUGGAAUACCGCUUGUUUCCUAGCCGUUCACUCCACACUGCAUGCGUGCGCACAAGGAUAAGCUUAAAAAUCGCACGCGCGGUACGUUUCGCAUUAUCCGGUCUUGGCAUUCCCUCUCUGCUCCAGAGCAUCUAAGCCGAUCUGGAGGAAAUACGAAGUAAGCGUUAGAUUUAAAAGUUUUAGCAUGGAAUCGAACAGCGCUACAAACUAUUCGAAAACUCGUCUUCCCUGUCCCAAAAAAUGUCUGCUGCAUUUCGACAGCCAGUCAAACUUGCCAUUGUUGGCACAGGAUUGAUAGGUCCACGCCAUGCCGAAGCUGUGCUUCGCGAUGCGAAUGCUGAACUCCUCUGCAUCGUGGAUCCCAACCCAGCGGCCAAAGCCAUCGCAGGAAAGUUCGGCUGUGCUUACUACGCGUCUAUUCAGGGCAUGCUGGCCUCAACACAGCCUGACGGAGCCAUAGUAUGCACACCAAACAACACCCACGUCGCGUUAUCGAAAGAAUUGCUUAAAGACGGUGUGCACGUCUUGUGUGAAAAGCCGAUAUCUGCCGACAGUGAAAGUGGUCAGGAACUUAUCGACUGCGCGGAAGCUAGCGGACGUCACCUCUUGAUUGGCCAUCACCGCAGGUUCAACCGAUAUGUUGUGGCGGCGAAAAAUGCACUUCCAUCGCUGGGCAAGAUCGUUGCCGUCAGCGGACUAUGGACUAUAUAUAAGCCGCCGGAGUACUUUGAGCCACCCAUGGAGUGGCAUCGUGCAGAAUCCGCGGGCCCAGUCUUGAUCAAUCUUGUUCACGACGUAGAUAUCCUGCACUAUUGGUUCGGGCCAAUUGUUCGGGUCUCUGCCGAGAAGACCAUGUCCCAAAGAGGUCAUCCUGCGGAAGAAGGAGCUGCCAUCAUUCUUAGAUUUGCCAAUGGCAUAGUUGGCACAUUUCUCUUGUCAGAUGCUGUAGUGUCGCCGCACAAUUUUGAGUGUGGGACAGGCGAGAACCCCACGAUCCCGACAGAGGGUCGAGAUGCAUACAGGAUAUUCGGUUCGGAGAGUAGCUUGAGCUUUCCCGAUAUGAUGAAAUGGACUUAUGCAGGGCAAAGAAGCUGGACUGGACCGCUUGCAUGUGAGCACGUUGAUGUGCCAGAUAUGAAGAUCCCUUUCGAGCUACAGGUGGAACAUUUCGUUGCUGUAAUUAAGGGCGAGGAGGCACCAAGCUGUUCGGGUAUCGAUGGCCUUCGAGCGGUCAUGGUGUGUGAAGCUGUCAAGAAGUCCAUCGCCGAUGGAUGUCCGGUAGAAAUACCGAUCAGGUCAUAGACCACUUGAUAUCAGUCCAAGAUUAUCCGUGUUUUCGAACGGAUAUUGCUUAGUUUGAUCGGCUGUCAAAGGAU